GGUUGACCAUCACUGUAACCUCGGGUAAAUGGGCAGCCAUUGCCUUCCUCGCCGUGCGGUUGUCGAGAUAGUAAGCCGCCGGCGCCGCUACCGUCGACGGUUCCCUGAUUCCCCUCUCGAAUGAGUAGGAAGACAUCAGCCAUGCCAGCCGCCGCUGGCAGCCGGAAGUACUUCUUCUAUGGCCACCGCAAGCCCUCACAAAAUCGCCCUGUCGUCCGCGGCGGCCGCUUCUCUAAUCGAAAAUUUGGCUCUCCCGUCCCCGUUGACACCUCCGUUCGCCGCAGCACCGACUUCCGUGAAUGGAACUUUGAUUGCCCUACCCAGCCGAUGCCGCUCUCUCCUUCUGUCCCUGCCAUCGACCGUCGACGCUCGCCUCUCGCUCGUUACAUUCUCGACUCCCUACGCCGUCACUCUCGCUGGUCGGCCGUCUUUUACGAUCUGCGCAAGCUUCGUCGUGUCCCUCCUGACCUCGUCGCCGAAGUUCUCCGCUCUCGCCCCCUUAUCGAUCCCUCCCUCUUCACCCGAUUCUUUCAUUGGGCCGGCAAGCAGAAGGGCUUCCAUCACACAUUCGCAUCAUAUAAUGCUUUCGCCUAUGCCCUCAAUGACGCCGCACGUCCUGCAGCCGCUGACCAACUACCAGAGCUGAUGCACGCGCAGGGGAAACAGCCAUCCGAGAAGCAGCUUGAGGUCCUCGUUCGAAUGCAUGCUGAUUCUGGCCGUGGCCUUCGGCUCUUCCACAUCUACCGGAAGAUGCGAGGUAAAUUUGGUGUUAAACCUCGCAUUUAUCUCUACAAUCGUAUCUUGGAUGCUUUAAUUGCAACCGGACAUCUUGAUCUUGCUCUUUCUGUGUAUGAUGACCUCAAGGUUGAUGGUCUCAAGGAGGAAGCCAUCACUUUCAUGAUCCUUGCUAAGGGAUUUUGUCGUGCUGGAAGGAUGAAUGACCUUUUCCAACUACUUGAACGAAUGAGAUCAGAACUGUGCAAGCCGGAUGUUUUUGCAUACACUGCACUGAUUAAGGUGUUAGAUUCGGAGGGGAAUAUGGAUGGUUGCUUGAGGGUUUGGGAGGAACUGGUGAAAGAUGGAGUAAAAGUUGAUGUAGUGGCAUAUUCGACAAUGGUUUCUGGUCUGUCUAAAGCAGGAAAGGUUGAAAAGGGCUAUGAACUGUUUUUGGAGAUGAAGAGGAAGGGAUUUGUGAUUGACCCUGCUGUGUAUGGGUCAUUGGUGGAGGGGUUAGUAGUAGAGGGCAGAGUUGGGGAUGGUUGCCAGCUGUUGAACGACAUGAACAAUAAUGGGUACCGUGGAGAUCUCUGCAUUUACAAUUCCUUGAUAAAGGGCCUAUGUACUAUUGGUAGAGUUCAUAAGGCUCGUAAGCUUUUUCAACUUCUCAUGAAAGAGGGUAUCAUCCCUAGCUCUGAAACUGUGAUACCUAUGCUAUCUGUCUAUGCCGAUAUAAAUGAUAAGGCCAACUUUUUUCAAUUAGCUGAUCAGUUAGGAGAAUUGAAAUUGUCAAUUUCAGAUCUUAUGACCAACUUCUUUUCAUCCUUCAUCACAAAUGCAAAUAGAGGAACGAAAGCACUGGAAGUGUUUGAAGAAUUGAAAGCAAGAGGAUACUGUAGUGUUUCUAUUUAUAAUAUUCUUAUUGAAUGUCUUCAAAGUAUCAAGGAUGUGAAACAUGCGUUGGACCUUUAUAAGGAAAUAAAGAAUUCUAAAGUUUUUCAACCAGAUUCUCAUACCUAUUGUCCAAUAAUUUCAUGUUUCGUAGCAGAAGGACAUAUUAGAGAGGCAUGUUCUUGUUACAACAUGAUGAAGGAAAAUUCUUGGACGCCUAGUGUUGAGGCUUACUGCUCGCUUGUGAAUGGGCUAUGCAAGAUUGGAGAGAUUGAUGCAGCUAUCACCCUUGUCAAAGAUUGUUUAGGAAAUGUAACUAGUGGCCCUAUGGAAUUCAAGCAUGCAUUGACUGUUAUAAACACUUGCAGAGCAAAGAGUCCAGAGAAGGUGAUAAAAAUUUUGCAUGAGAUAAUUGAUCAAAAUUGCCCAUUGGAAGAUAUUAUUUACUGUUCUAUCAUAUAUGGUUUCUGUAAAUAUGCAAGUUCAGAAGAGGCAAGAAAAGUAUUAGCAGAAAUGAGAGACAAAAAGUUCCUUGAAGAGUCAGAAUUUAUAAUCUAUGAGGAGUUACUUAAUGGACACCUGAAGAAGGCUACUGCAGCCUUGGUGAUCUCUGGCUUGAAGUUUGUUGGUCUUUAAUCUAAGUUAGAAUUCACCAAUUAUUUGGAGUGACCAUGGUGAAUGGUUGAGGAAAAUGUCAGAGAUCUGGUAUUGAAGAAAUCCUACAGCCACCUUGAGAAACAAAUACACCCUAGCCCCCUCAAAGGCAUGCCACAACCAUUGUUCAAUGCUUCUUGCCUCUACAAUGCUGCUAGAUUUCCUAAUCUCACACUCUUUGCCCCCACCUGUAGUCGUUGACCAUCAAUGCAGUUGAUCCUAACACCGCCUAAUGCCACAUGAUUUCAUCCUUUAGUUUGACCAUCUCUUGCAAAAGAAACUAAUUGUUAAACAUGUCAGGUGGGUGAAUUUCAUCAAGAAUACACUUUUGUCUUAAACUAUAAACCUAAUGAAAAUCACAAACCAGCCAACCCACUAAGUCAAAUAGCAGCUACCUUGUAUAGGAUGAGUAUAAUGGAAUUGGAUUUGAAUGAUUAAAGAAAGAGUAUCCUACAUGACCUAAUUUUAAUAUUAAUCUUUCAGGAUAUUCAAGAUGGUAGUAGCACCAGUUGGUAGUUUUUGUCAUCAGAGAUGCUUGCAUAUUUAAGGGUACAUGGCUUGCAUUCCUCGAGCCUUAGAGAUUUCUUAGUUUGAGAAUUACAUGCUGGAAGACUAGCAGGACAUUUGGGAAAGAUGUUGGUUGUCUUUAGAUAAAUUGUAUUGUCAUCAUUGAGACAAGAUGCUGGUCGAAUUGUGCCACAAUCUCAUACUUGUCAAACAACCCUAAAACACAAGUCUUUACACGUCAUUACUAAAUCCCCAUGAAUCUUAUAAAGACCUUAGCAUGUAUUUUUCUAGGACUUCCCAAACAAAUUAAAGUCAUGACUCUAUCUUGGCGGUAGUUGAUAGAUUCUCCAAAGUGUCACAUUUUAUCUUGUGCAAUAAAAUAAAUAAUGCAUCGUAUAUAGUCAAGAUGUUUCUCAAGUUGUUAGAUCUAGUUUAUCCUCUUCAUGGAAGUUAAGUUUGUUAGCUUUUUUGAAAUACAGGAUGAAAAUUGUUUGGAAUCCAACUUAAAUUUCCAUCUGCAUUUCACCUGUAGACUUUCACCCUGGAUUGAUAGUCAAAUUGAAGGUCAUCAAUCAUAUUUUAGGAAAUCUACAGAUGUCUAGUGGAUGAAAGCUAGGUAUUUGAGAUAAUAUCCUGUCAAUAUUUGAGUUUACUUGGAACAAUUACUUAAAUUGUUCUAUUGUAUUGUAUAUAGGUUGAGAGCUUGUCAACCGAUUGACCUAAUUCAAUUACCUUCCACCUCUCAUUUUUUUGAGAGUGCCAAGAGUUUGGUUGAACGUAUUAGAGAGAUUCAUGUCGAUGUUAGGAGGAAAAUUGCUCUAGGUUACAGAAUGCAUGCUAAUGUCAUUGUAAAUAUAAAAGAAUACAAUGAAGAUAGUUAUGUUGUUACAUGUAUUCACCCUGAACAUUUUUCUAAAAACUCCUUCGAAUAAAAUGCUUGAUCUACCUCUAAUCUUUUUCAUACUAUGAGAAAGAUUGGUAUUAAUGAUUAUGAAAUUGACUUGUAUGUUGAUUUAAAUGUUAGCAAAUUUUCAAUGUAGAAGUCACAUAUUACCAUAAUGUCAGACUUUCAACAUCCUUGUUUGUUGGUUUUAUCUACAAUGUAUACUUUAGGAUUGAUGGCUGGUCCAGAAGACGGUUUGAGUCUGGUUCAAUGUGGCUAGAGGAGAGGGGUGGAUAGCAAUGGCUUAGAAAUAAAAAAAAUUUCUUGUAAGAUGAAUACAAAUCAAGCUUUAGUAUUUAUAAGGUAUUUGUGUGUAAGUCAGUUGAUCAUGUCAAGGAUUAUUCACAACAAAAAUAUAAUUGGGUUCCACAGGGUUUAAGUUUGUCUCCUUUAAUACAACCUGCAACAAAAAAAAGAAAAACUAUUUCUCAAUUUCAGGCAAUACAUUGGGGGGCCAGCAUGGGUAGUGUACUAGAACUGGCAAAACAUGUAAUGAUUGCUGUAUGUGCCAAAUAGUUUUAAUUUGGGUAUAUUAGGCAGAGCAAAGGAACACAAUUAUAACUAUCUGUUUUGAUUUAUGUUAGAAGUUUCAUUUAUUUUCCAUUUAUGUUUCUAAUCUUGAGGUUAAUGUUAUCCAUCCUUAUUUACUUACUACAUGGAGAACACUCUUACAUGCUUGGUUUUUGAACUUCCAUUGGUUAUUAAUGAAUUGGAUGUGUAGUUUUUUUUUGUAGUUUUUUUUAGCAUUGGCAGUAUUUAUUUUCGUUUGAUUGCUUUAGCUAUUCUAUGAGUUUCAACUUGAUACAUAAUUUUUAUUUAGAGGGCUUUCUUUUUCUUUAUUGACUAGCAGACUAUUUCACUAUUCUUUAUGCCCUUCAAGUGUACUUUGGAUUGUGAAAAUAUUUUGUUGCUAUCAUGAAAGCCUGUAGAGCAAUGCCUACGAUAUGCCAAAUAAUUCAUUUUAUUAUGAAUUAUGUAUGUUUUUGAACAUUUUAAUUGUAGUAUGUAUGUGUAAUUUUUUACUUAAUAGUGAACAAAUCUCAAUUGGUUACAAAUUCUUAAAUGAAUCUGAAUA